UUUAUUUUCAGAGUUUCCUGGCAGGAACUCGACAUCUUAAACAGCCCCCCAAACGGUCAUUUUUCAUUAGUUUCUCUAGUAGAUAAAACUAUUUUCUGCCAGUGAAGGAAUUCAAUACCAAUGUUGUGUUUAAGCUUUUUUUUAAACGACACAAUAAAGAGUUUGGGCAGAUGGAUAACUCAACAAACAGAUUACUUUCUAUGGAUUUUUCCAAACUCUCAUGGAAAGCGCCCAAAGCAUGCAUUAAAGUUUUCUUAUGCGUCAAUCCUGAAGAUUUCCAGGAGGAAAGGAAAGCACUCAGAGAAACUAUCUACCCUAAAAUAAGGGAAUACUGCAGAUACACCUAUGGUUUGGAAUUCAGGGUCAUCGACGCGUACGAAGGGCUGGAUCCUCACGGCCUGUGUGAUUCCAGAGCCCAGCAGGUUCGAUUGGAGUUGCUGGAGGAGUGCAAGGAGAGCUCUGCUGGCCCUUUCUUCGUGGCUCUGAUUGGGGAGCAGUAUGGCCGCCCUUGCCUACCUGCACAGAUUGAGGUCUCGGAGUUCCAGGAGGUCCUGCGAGUGUGCCAGCAGGCUGGCGUUAGCACACAACCCCUAGAGCGCUGGUAUCGCAGAGACGAGAACGCCAUUCCCCCAGCCUUCUGCCUGCUGGACAAGCAGGAAGUACUCUGCAGUCACUACUGCCAGACAGAUGAACAAGAUGAACAAGCCCGACAAACAGAUCAGCAUGAGUGGCAGGAGGCAUUCCAAGAAAUGAAGAUGCUAUUCUUUGUCGUUGUUACAAGAUGCAUUCAGGAAGGAACAAUUACCCCAGAACAAGGGCAGAAAUACUUUAUCUCAGCUCUUGAAAAGGAAAUGCGGUUCGCUCUUGAAAACUGUUCCAAGGAGGACAUUGAAAGGUUCCUCUGUUACGUCCACAAGAUUUCCAACUUGACUCGACAGAGGGAGAGAGUGGUGGAACCACAGUCCGGACUCGUCGGUGACUCAGAGCUCCAGGCGUUUUGCCAUAGCAACGCCAGUGCCUUGCUCUGCCAGCUGCGCGAUGUCUUCCUGCCCAACUUGGUAACAUCCUCUGGGCUUCAGGUGUACACCUCCACAACCACCUGUGAGCUGAGGCAGGGUUACACACCUGAGCUGCGCCAGGAGUAUACUGAGGGACUCUGUGAGCAGGUUUAUGCUAAUAUGCUGAAUCUCAUUGACAGGACAGUGUCCAGAAACCCAGCUCGGCUUGACACUCUCACAGAGAACUUCUUGCAGCAGCUGGACUUGUGCGACAUCUAUUCUAGUUUGUACAGACUUGAAUGUGCAGAGGUGGAGAACAUUAAAAGUUACUUUGUGCAGAAGGAGACCAAAUAUCCACUUGUUGUCAGCGGAGGUCCUUGUACAGGCAAAACUGUAUUGCUUGCUCACUGUGCCAAGCAGGUGGGCCUCUGGCUCAGUGACAGGAAUCCUGUAGUUGUUGUUUAUUUCAUUCGAGGUGACAGUGACUCAUUGAAACACCUUCUAUCAAUGAUAUGCCAACAGCUGGCCGCCAGCUAUGAUCAGCCACUGCAGAGCUGCCUGAAACACGUCAGUCAGCUUAAAGAAGAAUUUGUUAGCCUUCUCUCUGCACCCUCAUCUGAGCGUCCUCUAAUCCUCAUCCUAGAUGGACUGGAUCAGAUAGCAGAAUCUGAUAGAACUCAAAGUAUUUGGUGGCUACCCAAGUUCCUCCCUCCCCAUGUUAAAUUUUUAAUUUCCACAGCCCCAAAGAAGCUUGGCAUUUUGCAGGCCCUCAAGGUUCUGUACCGUGAUUCCUCUCAGUUUGUGGAAUUGAGGCCAAUGAACAGGAAGGAUCUUUCUAAGAUGCUGACAGACCUUCUUUUGUCUUCUAAGCGGAAGAUCACCUCGGGACAACAGGUGUACAUCAAUAAAGCUCUGAACGACUGCUCUCUCGCGCUGUACGUUGAGUUACUGUACAGGCAGGUGCGUCUUUGGCGGUCUGAGUUAGAAGUUACAGAAAAUUCAUUAAGAAAGGGAGUCCACGAUAACAUUAAAGUGUUCCUAGGCCAUCUUGAGGAAAAACAUGGCAAAGAGCUGGUCAUCAAAGCCAUGUGCUACAUAACUAUUGCAAGGUCCGGUUUCACAGAGGCAGAACUAACUGAUAUCCUGUCUUCUGAAGACCAUGUGCUUUCAACAUUCCUUCCUGGAGACAAUCUGCCCUUCAAACUGAGGCUCCCAGAAUCAACUGUAGAGAAGCUUCUUCUCGAUCUCAAGGGUGUUCUGGUGAGGCGGUAUGUGCUGGGGUCUCAAGUGCUGUUCUGGGCUAACAGACACUUCCCAAUAGUCAUUAACAAGCUCUACCUUGGCUCUGAUGAGAAGGUGCAGGAAAUGCACAACACAGUGUCCAAUUACUUUAGUGACCGCUGGGCUUAUGGAAGAGCCAAGCCUUUAAUCCUCAGCCACAAUCAAACAGCGCAGGGCAAACCACUGUUCUCUCUUCAGGCUUCCUCAAGCACACCUGCACCAAGAAUUUAUAUUGAUAGACAGCAACCCUCCCAGCCCUGGCUCUUUAACUCUCCAAAGACUAUACUGAGUAAUCUAAGAAAAAUUCAUGAACUACCAUUUCACCUGAGAGCAAGUGGCAGACUUGAUGAGCUAAUCAAGAGCAUAAUAUUGACAUUCGGAUUCCAACAAGCAAUGUUGAAAGCUGGUCACCUGAAUGGCAUGAUAUCUGAAAUUGAAGAGACUUCCCUGCUUGCUUUCAAUAAAGAGCUGAAACUUCUCGCUAGCAUCCUAAGAAGAGCUGCCUGUUUGCUUCAGGUUACACCCGAUGACCUAACAAUGGUAAUUCAGAUUAAAUUGCUUCCAUUUGUGGACAUUUUACCAGAUUUAGUGAAUUAUGCAAAGCAAAUUUAUCAGGAGGGAUUGCAAAACUGUGGCAUAAAUGUUGUGCAUUCAUCUGUAAUGAGUGUGCCUUCCACACGCUCCAUGCUGUCAGCGGUUGAUGUCUCCCCUGUUGCUGAAGUUUUAGAGACUCAGAGUGAAACAAUAGUAAUGAUUCUGGAAAAUGGUUCUGUCUGGGCAUGGAAUGAAGACUUUCCGGGGGGCUUUAAAUGUAUUAACUCAUCAGACCUAGGGUUUACCAGUGCCAAAUGUGCAGGGCAGUUUCUUUUGCUGUCCACAAAAUGUAACAGGUUACUUUUGUGCAAUUUGAAUGACCCUACAGUUAUUCAAGAAAUUGAUUUCCAGAAGUCUAUCAGCAAAUCUCCAGCAACUCCACACACUGUUCAAGGCUUUUUAGUUGUUAAAAGCAGCAUUUUUGUAUGGUUCAGAGGUGCAAAAUAUGUCCGCAUAUUUGACUUAAACACAGGUAAAUGGCUUGGACAGCUGGACUGUCGGCAUGAAGUGACAUGUGUAUCAUGUUCCUCCAAUGGAAAGUUUGCAUUUUGUGGACAGCACAAAAGCACGGUCUCCAUUUUUGAUACCCACAAUGAAGGCUGUCACCUUAGUACUUCUUCAACAAGCGUAGCAAGAGCCUCUAUCCUACACGUGCUCCACUCUGAAUGUGAAGACACGAUGUCAUGGGUUGACAGCUUUGGAAAUGUAUUUGUCUGGGAUAUAGAAACAAUAACUCAAACCAGGCUAUUGAAAGAGUGCUAUAAUCCAGAGGAUCGAGAAGAAGUCUUAGGAACUGAGAAUUCAGUUGAGAAUAAGACUUUCUUAAUCUGUAAGCAGACGCACAUAGUGCUGUGGAACACCACCAACUGGACAAUAUGUGAUCAAUUUAAAGCUCCUCGGAAUAAAAGGUUUAUCCAGGCUGUUCUUUCCAGCAUUUGCAGCCUUAUCAUUGCUUCCUUAGAAGAUUGCCCUUUCCUGCUGGUGUGGAACCGAAACACCGGCCAGUGCAUUCUGAGUCUAGAUGCUGGCCACACCCAGGUCCUGAAGCUCGUUAAACAGCAGUCGACCUUGGUGGCUGUAACAGUGAGUGGCUGCCUUACGUUCUGGGACCUGGAUUUAAUUUUGGGUGCCUCCUGUGUUUCCAAGACUGGAAUAACUAUAAAAAGAAUUCUUACAGGGUCACAAGGAGAGCACAUUUACACAACAGAUGGCACUGAGGUCGUGUAUAAGUGGGGCAUGCUGUCUGGCAGCCUGGAAGGCAGUUUCUGCCAUAGAAACCCAGUGGAAAUCUGUUCCCUUACAGGGACUGGCAAGUAUCUGGUCACUUCCGAUUCCUCUGGGGACAUUUAUGUUUGGAAAACUGAUACAGGGGAGAACCUCUACCGCAUCCGUGGCUGUCAUGCAUCCCAGCACCUGAUCACCCCAAACAGCCAUUUGGUAGUGUCAAUCUGUGAGCACAGCCUCUCUCGGGUAUGGAACCUCAGCGAUGGGCACAUUGUGUGCAAUGUUCAUCUGUAUUUGGAGAAUGCAGCCAUCACGCCCGAGAGCACGUUUGUUCUAGGGCUGCAUGAGAGAGACCUCCUGGCUGUAAGUCUGUGGUCUGGAUGUGUAAGCAAGAGGUUCUCCUGUGGUGGAGAAACAGAUGUUGUGGCCUUUCAGCCAUUACUUGAACAUCCAGACUAUGUGGUCCUCAUCAACUCUUCCGGAUUCAUUUACACCUGGAAUAUUGCUAAAGAGACUAUCCGUCAGCAUGUCCAGGUACCUGUUGCAUUUUUAAGCCAGCUGGAUAUAUUCCAGUUGUCCUCGGAUGGAAGAUAUGCCAUUAUCUCAAUUGAUGGGGCCACAAUCAAUGUCUUAGACACUCUCAAUGGGACCCUGUGUUCAUUAGAGGCCAAAGCCCAGGUACUGUUUGUUAGCCUAGCCCUAACUGGAAACUACAUAGUCUUCAUUUGUGACGCUGAACCAUGCAACUGCUCCUGCGAUUUCCACUCCCAGCCGGUUCUCAAUGUGGUUCAAGUUUCCAAUGGGGAAAAUGUAGGCUCCUGCUACCUCUGCAAAAGCCCAUCAGCCCUAGCUGUGUCUGACAACCUCAGCAUUUUUGUGGGAUUUAAGGAUGGAUCCCUGGGGAUUUAUGCCCUUGCCCAUCUUUCUGCAAGCAAAGUUCUAGUCAAAAACCGCAUCAGCCGGUUGGGUCAGGGACAGCCCUGCCUUUGUGAAGAGCCCAAGAGAUGGCUGCCUAUGGAGACCCCCAGUAUCAUAUGGGCGGAUUCUCCUACUGUGCCCUAAUACUGUUGAUGGGAAGGCUGAGAACCCUAGUAGGGGACACAACUCUCAAUGACAAUUAUGUCAUUUAUGGAACGAAAUAAAAAAAAAACAUCUUACAAUUCCGUCCAUCCUUUUUCAAUAACCACUUUAUCCUUAAAAAGACUGCAGUGAUCUUGUCAGGCAUGGGGCACGAGUCAGCACUGUGACAGGAUGCCAGUCCAUUGCAAGACACAGACAUAUACAUGGCAGAGAUGCCAAUUAAUCUGGACAGCAUGUGUCUGAGAGGCCCCAAAUAUUCAUGAGCAGAGCAUGUCAGCAGGAUAUUCCCCAAUCUGGUGUCAAACCCAGGACCCAAGAGUUACCCUACUACUACUGACUGUGCAGCUUACAUCUCAUAAUUAAAACCUGAGCAUUUAGUGUUACAAACACUUUCUGAGUUUUCCUUGCUUAACACCUUAAUAUUUGCAUAUUUACAUCACAAUAAGACAAGAAUAAACACUGGACGUGACUAGGGUAUGUUCUGGUAUUAUCUCUAACAAGCUGAGGUACUCAUUGCUUUGUUUAUUUUUGCUUUUCAUUGUCUCUGGAUAUGUGAUUUUCAUAAUGAUGUUUUGUAAUUAUUCUUAAAUGUUCAAUUUGAAGAAUAAACAGUAUCUGUU